AUGCUGUUCAAAGCGAUAUUCGCUUUCGCUAUCGUGACAAUAAUGGCUGUGGAAGGAAGCCGGCAAUUUCGAUCCCCGGGUGGUGCUGGAUGGCAGGGCAACGGCUUUGACAGUGGGGCCGCUUUUAGUGCCAGAUCCUCCCCUGGUGGCUACGGCAGUUUGGGUCGCUCUUCGGGAUGGGGCAGUUCCUUUGCAUCAGGUCAACGGAGCUUCGGCGGUAGCGGUGGAUGGCAGGGAUCCAGUAGAUCCUUCGGUUCGAACUCUGUUUGGGACGCUCCAAACUAUAGGUCUACUAAUUUUGAUGGCUAUUCCUCAGGCUGG